AUGUCUUGGGGCUAUAACGCCUCGCCUGGCCCUGACCGGAAAGAGCAAUCUCUACAGAACAUUUCGGAGAAACUAGUACUGGAUUUGUAUAAAUUGCGGGAGAUGACCAAGGCUCUAAUAUUCUCAGAUCUCGAACAAGAGCGACCUGCUAGCAAUCUCGACAUAAUCAGCGCUUCAACCCGAGGAGUUUUCUUUAUUGAUACGAUCGAGCUGGGGAUAAGUACCCAUGGCAUGGAAACUUAUUUGAAAAGCGCCGAAGGAUCAGAACAAGUGAACAGUAUUACUUACAAAGAAGCACAGUGGUUACUGGAUGCUUUGAAUCAAUACAUCUCACACAGUGCGAGACAUCGCAAUGUCUAUGUUACUCCUCGGAAUGGUCAAGAGGCAAUUCAAAAAGCGGAAACACAGUUUAACUCUUCCUAUAUUGUGAUCAAUUCAGAUCAUAACAAUAUCAAUAAGUUCGACUCCGCUGAAGAUUAUGGCUAUGUAAAGAUCAGGGAAGAACUUUUUGCUAUCUUACAGGAAACCGCUUGGACAGAUGAUACACAUAUACAAUGUGUAGAAUGA